AUGAUAAUUAUUCUCUUAAAAAUGCGAUACCUGCUAUCGCAUCCCAUGGGUAUUUACGCAAAUUUGCUCCAGAACGAGUGUGCUAUCUCAGCACUGUACGGUAUGCUCAUUCUUCAGUCACGUGUUAUGAACAUUUGUUGUUUAUCUCACAUUCGUACGAAGUAUUUUUUAUAUGCCAUUUUCCCAAUUUUAUACCUAAAUUAUCACUUCGUACUUUUUUCCUUAAUAGUAAAACUCAUUUAUCAUUUACAAAAUUUUACCAGGGUAGUAACAGGCAUCUCGUCACUACACCGUAAUUCACUGUAA